AUGCCUAAGAAAGAGAAGCAACCCGCGGCCAAGAACAAGGCCACGGCCUCCAAGAUUGUGGAGGACCGUACCUUUGGCAUGAAGAACAAGAAGGGCGCCCAGGCCCAAAGGCAGAUUGCCCAGAUGACGAGCAAUCUCAAGGGCAGCGGCUCGGCCGAGCAAAAGAAAAAGGAAGCCGAGAAGGCGCAGCGUGAGAAGGAGAAGCAGGCCGCGGAAGCCGCCAAGAGGGAGGCCGCUCUCCUCCUGGCCCGUCCCGCGCAGAUUCAGAAGGUUCCAUUUGGUGUUGAUCCCAAAACCGUCGUCUGCAUCUUCUGGAAAAAGGGCGACUGCGAAAAGGGCAAAAAGUGCAAGUUUGCACACGACCUGUCGGUGGAGCGGAAGACGGAGAAGAAGAAUCUCUACACGGACGAGCGAAAAGACGAAGAGGAAACGAAGAAGCAGGAGACGUCGGCAGACUGGGAUGAGGAAAAGCUGCGAUCCGUUGUCUUGUCCAAGAAAGGCAACCAAAAGAGUACCACAGACAAGGUCUGCAAGUACUUUGUCUCUGCCAUUGAAGAUGGCAAAUACGGUUGGUUCUGGAUUUGCCCCAAUGGUGGCGACAAGUGCAUGUACAAGCAUGCUCUGCCUCCUGGAUUCAUCCUCAAGACCAAGGAGCAGAGAGCCGCCGAAAAGGCACUGCUGGAUAAGUCGCCACUGAAGACACUUACACUCGAAGACUUCCUCGAGUCUGAGCGUCACAAGCUCACCGGCACCCUCACACCCGUCACGCCAGAAACAUUUGCCAAGUGGAAGCAGGACCGCCUGGAGAAGAAGGCCGCCGAGGAACAACUGCGCAAGGCCAAGGAGAAUACUGGCAGAGCGCUCUUUGAGAGUGGCAAGUGGACAGGCGAGGACGAAUCGGAAGAUGAAGGCGACGACGACGUGUUUAACCUGCAGAGGCUGCGUCGCGAGACGGAAGCAAUCCAGAAGAGGAAGGAGGAGGAGCGCCUGGCUGCACAACACGGAUACGAGCUUCCUCCCGUGGAGGGCCAGGCUAGAGAGGGCGCCGAAGACGAUGCUGCGGCCGGAGACGAUGCUGCGGAAACCCCAGCCGCGACGACCAAUGGCGAGGCCGCCGCGUCAUGA